GAGGUUGCCGGAAUCGUUUAUGGAAAGUUGUCGUACGAAACUUUCCACGCAAGCGCCAAUGGAUGAUUGCCGCCAACAUUACUGCUGGACACGCUCAGUUGGAGAGACGUUCCUCUUCUUUUGGAAGGCGAAAAAGAUGGUCGAGUGACAUGACGAAUAACAACGGGAAUCUAGAUUAUCGAAACGUCCAUUACGAGUCGGACACCGAAUAUACGAUUUGGAUCGCUAGAACGCUGUUAGCUCCGAUCGGUAUCUGGCCGUUGUACAAAGACGACACGUUCUUGAAUAAUGUUAUCAAGUUCCUUCAUGUCGGAAUAAUCUUCAGUCUAAUGUGUUUUCUAUUGAUACCGAAUAUGAUUUAUACCUUUCACGAUUGCGAGGAUCUGUCGCGGUACAUGAACAUUUUUGCCUCGCAAGUAUUCAGCCUUUUGGGGAUCGCCAAGUUCUGGAGCAUGAUUUUGAACGGGAAGCAAAUCAGACAUUUUCUGGUGGAGGUGAAGAACCAAUACAAGGAUGUUGCGUGCGAAACGGAUCGACUGGUUAUGAAGAAAUCUGCGAAGAUCGGUCGAUUUUUCACGAUAGUGUAUCUGAGUCUCUCUUACGGUGGCGGGCUGCCGUAUCACAUUGUCUUGCCCUUCAUGUCCGAGAGAGUUGUCAAGAGUGACAAUACCACGCAAAUACCUCUGCCUUACCUGAGCAAUUAUAUUUUCUUUGUGAUCGAGGACACGCCGAUCUACGAGAUAACGUUUGUCUCGCAAAUGGUGAUUAGCACCAUAAUAAUGUCUAGCAACACUGGAGUCAAUACUUUGAUCGCCAACACUGUGAUGCACUCUUAUGGUUUGUUCGAGGUUGUCAACCAAAAGAUUGAAACUUUCUUUGAAGAUGGCAAGGACGACUUAAACGACCGUCUUCGCCACAUUGUCCUACAUCAUCUGAAGGCAAUCGAAUUUGCUGACGCAAUCCAGAAGGGUUUGAGCAUAAUGUUUCUGGCAGAAAUAGGUGGUUGCACCCUCAUUAUAUGUUUUCUCGAGUAUGGCGUAAUUAUGAAUUGGGAAGAUAAACAUACAUUCAGUAUGAUGACAUAUUUCGUUCUGAUGACAUCAGGCUUCGUGAAUGUGUUCAUAAUAACAUUUAUUUGUGGUAGUCUCAAGCAGGAGAGUGAGAGAGUAGGAGAAGCAUUGUAUUUCAUGCCAUGGUACGACCUUCCUAGGAAUGUAGCCAAUAAUAUGAAAAUGAUCAUGCUCAGGACUAGUCGACCGUCGAGUCUGAGCGCUGCUAAUAUUUUUGAUCUCUCGCUUCAAGCAUUUUGUGACGUUUGCAAAUCAUCGGCGGCGUAUUUGAACUUCCUGCGAACAAUGGCGGCAUGAAAUUUAUAAAAGUAUUAAUCGAAGAAAUGUGGUGUAUGAAAUACACCGACAGCUCUUAACGUGUGACUCUCAACAUUCGUACAAUUGAAAAUUUCAUUAUAUAGAAUAUUAUUAGACAAAUAUUAUUAUUGAAAUUUUGUCAUGAUUUUCUUUUUUCAAUUUCUAAAAGACCAAUAGAUCUAGACGUCCAUGGAUGGGACCUUUCAUCAUCAAGUUGAGCUUUCACUCGUAAUUAUAGUCACUGGUGCACCCACGAUUCACAACCCUUGCAAACUUUCCAGACGGUCACGAAGAUCCACAACUUAUAAACCGUUGGAGAAAUUUGCAAUUAUAUUAAUCAAUAAACGUCGUGAUGACAGAAUAAUGUACGAACACUUCAGUCCAUUAUUUGUAAUAUUUUCUUCAAAUAUGUGCAAACAAUUUU